CACUCACCAGGCAUAAUUGUUUACGUACCCUUCCUAUCAUGCAGGUUCCCAUGCAGCCAUGGUAUAUCUCGAUCAUGGCUACAUGAACAUGGCCGAGUCCAAAGUCUGCACUUACCGCCCUUCCAACACCGGCCAGAUCGUCGGCCACCUUACAAAAGCCGUUGAAACCCUUGUUCAGAGCCUCCAGAAAUCCGCCGGUUGCAUUUUGGCCGGUUGGUGUGCAUUCCUCAUCCUCCUCCUUGCGUACCCUUUCGUGCUCAAGCACGCCGGGUUCCAGCUGGACUCAAACCACGCACUUAACACGCUCGUGGACGUUAAACACGGUCAUCCCCUCACCCCUAGACCAGUGCCGGACAAGUCCCCCGCCUAAUCGCCACCUGAAGCCCCCACCGAUUUCCUACCUAUAUCACCACCAACCUCCUAUACUCCUCAAACAUCACCACAACAAAAAACCAACAAAGCCUCCAAAAUGCCCUCAAUAGGCCCCCAGAUACCUCCCCACCUCCUAGCCAAGCGGAAACGCGACUCCGAAGACGAUGAAUCCCCUAAACUCUCACCGAACGGCUCCAGCAGCCCCGAAAGCAGCGACAAGCGGCGCAAAGUCCUAGGACCCGCACCACCACCCGCACCUCUAGAUGAACGACCGCGAGGAAACCCUACAGCCUCAGAUUCAGAGGACAAUAGCAGCGACGACGACGAAUUCGGUCCUGCGCCACCCCCAGCGAAUGGCGCAAAUGCAUCGAGCGAUGAACCCUCCGAACCCAAAUCCGCUUUCGACACCAACCCCGCCUAUGCACCCGCUGCGCCCUCCUCCAAACCGCGCCGCGAUGAAUGGAUGAUGGUACCCCCCAAGGCUGAUGAUCUUGCUGCGCGCAUGGAUCCGACCAAGCAGCGCGCGCGCAAAUUCAAUAGUGGCAAAGGCGCACGCGCGCCCACAGCUACAGACGGCGACAAUGCCAUCUGGACCGAGACGCCGGAGCAGAAGCGCAAGCGGCUAGCGGACGAAGUUAUGGGUGUUGCGCCGGCAGGGAAGGCGAGUGUGUCGGCGCGGCAGCAGGCGAGGGAUCGGGAGACAGAGGAGACGGCGAGGAGGGUAAGGGAGCAUGAUGAGCGAAAUCGGGGAAAGAGUCUGUAUGAGCGGCAUCAGGCGAGUACGACGAGGGAGAAGGAGGACGACCCAAGUAAGAGGGCGUUUGAUCGCGAGAAGGAUGUCGCAGCGGGGGUGAGGCUGGGGACGAAGGAGAAGAAGGAGAUGUUGAGUAAGGCGGCGGAUUUUGGGUCGAGGUUUGAGAGGGGGAGUUUUCUGUAGCGGCUUUGGGAGUGUCGAGGGGGUAUUGUGAGGGAACUCGGUGAUGCUUGGCACACUGCACACGACAAGUAUCGUUCAGAUAGCCAAAGCAUCAAAUAUUCUGAACACAUUCAUCUGGGGACUGCAUAACGACAUCCUCUACUUCAAUUUAUUGCGAGAUAUACAUGCUGCUAUGAGUGUAGGAAAUGAUCACCAUAGCGAAUUGGAAGAGUAGUUUUCAUGAGUACGUAGAAGUGGACCGGCGGAAGCGCACUCCAACACUCUCUAAAUAUUAAUUAAUGACAUAUUCCC